CAGUCCAGAGUCACAGAGCCUCCUGGCUGGAUGCUCUCAGAUGCUGACUGAUGGACCGUAGCUGGGAUCUUCAAACCUGAACCCUUUACAUCGACAGUGAUGCCCUCGAUCUCAGCAGUGUGCAGCAAAAGGGAGUUAAAGGACAUCAGCUCAGUAUGGCGUUAAGAAAUUUGUCCUGUCCUGUCCAGAUGGAAACAAAUAUCAGCAUAUUUCACGCAUCGAACCAAACAGCCAAGAUGAGUUCUUUGAGCGUGUUCGCCAUUUCCCUCCAUGGCCUGUUCUCUACCAUUGGCAUCAUAGAAAACCUCCUCAUCCUCGGAGUAGUCGGCUUCCAUGUCCGUCGCUCUGUCAUCAGCGUCUGGAUCCUGAACCUCGCAGCCUCGGACCUGCUGGCCACCGCCUCCCUGCCCUUCUUCACCCUCUACAUGGCCCGCGGCAGCACCUGGACCCUGGGCAAAACCGUCUGCCGCCUCCAUUCCUCAAUCUUCUUUCUCAACAUGUUUGUCAGUGGCUUCUUGCUGGCGGCCAUUUCUAUGGACCGCUGCCUGGUGGUGCUGAAACCCGUCUGGGCUCAGAACUACAGGAAUGUCCAACGUGUGGGGAAGGUAUGUGGGGUGAUUUGGGUCUUGGCUGUCUUCUUCACAAUCCCCUUCUACAUAUUCCGUGACACCAUUCCCCUACCUAACGGCCAGAUCCUAUGUUACUACAAUUAUGCUCGACUCCUCCCUGCUAAACCAUUUGACCUGGGGUCUUUAUGUAAGGAACGCAAGGAGGCCUUGGCCUUUAUGAAGCUCUUUCUAGCUUUCCUGAUCCCUCUACUGAUGAUCAUCCUCAGCUAUGCUGCCGUGAACAACCGCUUGGCGCGCAGAGGCUGCCGACGCCCUUUCCGUUUCGUUCGGCUCGUAGUGGCCGUGGUGGUGAGCUUCGUACUCUGCUGGGCUCCGUACCACCUCUUCAUCAUCAUUGAGGUGAUGGCCCCCAUUGGACAUCCUGCACAGGGUUUUGCAAGCCGUGCACUCCCAAUCUCAGCAACCAUCAGCUUCCUUAACAGUGUCCUUAACCCCGUUCUGUAUGUGUUCAGCUGCCCUGACCUGUGCAAGAAGAUUAGGCAUUCCCUGGGUGCGGUGAUGGAGAGCGUUCUGGCUGAGGAUCUGGCAGAAUUCGCCCGACGCCGCAGCACCGCUCGCAGCUCUGUGAGCACGUCCGAGGUGGUGUUGAAGCAGAGGAAUUCUCUGACAACCUUGACAGGAAAGGAUCAGGAGUAUUCUAAAAGUAUUGCUGAAUCUACUCUGGACUGAUCGAAAGCGUAACGUGAAUUCUUUUAAAUAGCAGCCAGGCUUUUAUUUUCUCCUUUGGAACAGCCUUUAUUUGUAAUUUUGUAGUUUUCGAUUCUAUAUUUGAUCACAUUUUAGUAAGAAGCCCCUGUGUUUUCUGAUCUGCUCCCGUAUGAAUUUGCUGUUGAUGAUGUGUCUUUACAUAAAUUGAGGAUACUUUUUUUACCGCAAAGCAUCACUCUCAUCAGUACAACAGAGUACAACAUAAGUUCAAGAAGGCGCGGCUCUCUCCAGUCAGCUACGCAAAAUUUAUGCUGAUAUUUUUUUAAUUUUACAAAUAUUAGUUGUGCCUAAUGUGGUGAUGUGCCGAUCUGACGAACACAUUCUGCUUUAUGAUGAAUCAGGCACAAGUUGGAGGAGCUGAUGGGAUAACAUUUCACUGGAAUUGUACCACUGAUUGAUGGAUUCAGUCAUUUCAUACUCGCCAAUCUGCGACUGCGAAAUACUGUUUUCAUUGACCUCCUGUUGCUUCCUAAUUCUCUUUGCUUCAAUUUGUUUUUUUGUCGAUGUUAAACUACAUUAUCCUGCACAAAUGUUUUAAAUUGAAACCCAUGCAGGAAUUCGGAUGGUUGCAUGAUUCACAGCCUGAAUGCGAUGGGCAAAGCUAUUGAAAGUGAAUAAGAGGUGAGCAUGAAUAAAUAUCCUAAAAAGAAAAUGUCCUUAGAUCAUUAUAUUUAACAUAAUUAACUAAGAGAUGCUCCCAAGUCAACCGAGAAGCUCAAUUGGCAUAACUCCUUGCGUUCCAGGUAGGCUUUUAAUUUGAAACGUACAGUAGGCAUUUCAUUUCAUUAAAUUAAUGUAAACCUAAUCCUUUUCACAAGUAAAAUCCACUGGACUGUUGUUGUACUGAUGGAAUUAAGGGUGUAGAAAUGUACAUUAUGCUGAAUUUCUUAUCUGAGCCUUUAGAUCCCAAGUCUUUCAAUCCCUCCUCAAUAUUUUCUACCCGAUCUUUAUUAGCGACAGAGCUUUAUUUGUUUGUGCUGGCAAUGGCCCCUAUUGUUAUGACCAUUGUUUGGCUUUUAUGUUAGAAUUUAUGGUAAUUCAAAUGUCUCAACCAUUCUUCAAAUUGCUUAUCUGAUUGCUGGAACAAGCAUUUUCUUUUUUUACUUGGAUGCUUGAUCGAUGUUUAUAGUUUAUUGAAUGACCCAUACAUUUGUGCUUCUUUUGUUGUUUAUGACUUUGUAAAAAGAGUUUGAACUAUAAGUCACAGAUACAUGAGGUGUCUCUGAUCAGUAUCUGCAGGAACUGACGAGCUACAUUACAGAGAAAGAGUGUGCUCUUCUUUUUUUUAUAUAUAUAUAUAUAAAUUUGCCCAUUGUGCUUAUCAUAGAGAAUAGAUGUCUUUGUGCAUAAUUGCAUUCAAUUCAUGUAAUAUAAAAAUUUUUUAAUGCUGUGAAAUUUACAUAACAUUAAUAAACCGACAAGAAAAGCAUUCUGGUGUUGCAGUGUGACACUUGUCU